GCCUUUCCCGGUGCUGGCUGCGGGUCCGGCAUUUGUUCCCGCCCUGGGGAGCGACUGCAGUGUCUCUCCAGGAAAGGCUGCAGUCUGGAACAUGACCGACUUCUUUGGAGUGGAUUUAGAACCUUCAAAAUGGAAAGCAAACACAUGAAGGAAGGCCAGCAUGAGCUGCAGAUGGCUUCAUUUACCUAAGAAAAUCUGUGAUAUAGAAGAAAAGAAGCUCGUGUGUGUGUGUGUGUGUGUGUGUGUAGACCCAUUGAAACAUAGAGCCAUGUUUUGUCUAAGACUAAGAGGUAUUUCUCUGUCCUCUUGGAGAAUGCUUCAGUGUCGACCCCUCAGUUGUGAAUCAUUAAUUACUCAGAUGAAUAACUGUACAGAUGAAGAGCAAAUAUUCAAUGUUAUUGAAAGAAACAAAGCUAGUCUUUCAGAAAACCACGUGGGCUGUGCAUUUAAUAUGCUUUGGCAGCUUCAGAAGCAGAAGACUGCCUUGUUAAGAAAUGUCACACGUGUUAGAGACCACCCCCAAUUCGUUACUCUUUGCAAUUUAGCUUCAAAUCACAUCCAGUCAAUGAAUGAUGACACCCUGGUGAAUGUGUUGUACAUCACAAAACAGUUUGCUGUUGUGGCCCAUGACCCCCUAGCUGAAGCACUAGUUAUAGAAGCAUGGAAAAGACUGGAAAGGCUUGAUAUUAAUGUGCUGUCAGUAUUCUCCACUUGCCUCGCUGACCAGCACUUGUGUUCUAGCCCAUUAAUGGGAAAGAUAGCUGAUGCUGUGAAUAGGAAAUUGGAAAGCAUUCAGGACUUAAGGUGCUUGUCUGUCUUGAUGGUGAACAUAGCUUCUUUAAUAUCACAAGGUUUUCAAGAGCGAUUAGUGAGUAAAACAGAACAACUUUUUGACACCCUGAGUUCUUCCAACAUCAACACGGCAAGAAGGAUAGUACAAUUUCUUAGAAAUGUCAAAUACACUUAUUACCCACUAGUAGAGAGGUGUGACCGUGUGUUUGUAAGAGACGUGAACCUUCUGGACUUGGAUUCCAUUACUAAAAUACUCAGUCUAUAUCAGACUCUACAGUUUCACAGUUUUGAAUUUACUAAAGUGGCUAAACAGAGGCUAACUGAGAUGAUCCCUCUGUGUGGUCACCCUUCAAACUUUGUCAAAUUGUUUGCCACCCUGGGACCAAUGGCAAGACCGGAAGAAAAGGAAAAACUUGAAUCAACUAUGUUACUGCUGUCAGAGGAGCUGACCAGCCAGCAAACUCUAGUGGUGGUAGAGGCGAUGGCAGCUAUGGAAAGCCGAAACUCCUGUUUGAUUAACAAAAUUGCUUCAGUGCUGAAUAAAUAUUUGGAUAACUAUAAACCAGCAGAGCUACUGAAAAUAACUCAAGCAUUGAUUUUUCUACAUUUUCAAAAUAAGGAGCUUUUUGUAAAACUCAGAGAAUUACUUCUUCGUCACUUAGAAGAUACUGCCUUACUGAGCAAGACUUCCAUCCUGGUCUGUGCCAUAUCCAUGAUCUCUUCCCACCUCAGCGAAGCAGUGAUAACCCGAAUAGAAGCAUCUCUACCUCAGUGGAAUCUCAAGGAGCUGAAUGACAUCGCUGCAGCUGUUUUAAGAUGGAUUCAGUACGAUCACACGUGCUUGGGCAGUACCACCGGAAAACAGCUGAAACUACUGCAAACGCUAGACCGCUGUGGCCGUCAGCGAUUACAGCAGAACGGCAAUUUGGAUCUACUGUGGGAGGAACUUAAAUCUUUGAGAGGAGCCUGGUUUUAUGAAUCACUUAUUGAAGAAACAAUUGCUGCUUUACAGCGUUUUGUGGAUGAAAUUAAUUACGCUAAUGUUGCCAAGAUUGCAUCUUUCCUUUCUAGAACCAACUACCUCAGUACUCCACUGCUUGACAGAAUAGCUUCAGUGGUUGUUCAGCAGAUUGAAAAGAUCCAUCCUUUUUCAGUUCUUGCUAUUACUCUUCCAUUCAGCAUUUUGAACUAUGAUCCACCACAAAGGGAUGAAUUUUUUGGAGCGUGCAUGCAAUGCCUUUAUUCUUACUCAGGUACAUUGGAUCCUCUUAUGUUAGUGUUUCUUGGUUUUUCUCUGGCCACCCUCGAGUAUUUUCCAGAAGAUCUGCUUAAGAAAAUAUUUAACAUCAAAUUCUUAGCCAAAUUAGACUCUCAACUUGAAAUGUUACCUUCAUCUCUACAAACAAGGGUCCAGCUCCGUCUUAUGGAGUUAAAUAGAGCAGUUUGCUUGGAGUGCCCUGAGUUACAAGUUCCAUGGUUUCAUGAUCGCUUUUGUCAACAACAGUAUAGUAAAGAGGUUGGCAUCAUGAAUGGAGCACAACAACAGAUUUAUAAAAUGUUAGCAGAGAUACUGGGAGGAAGCAGCUAUGUCAAAGCCUCUGUUCUUUCGCCCUAUUACCACACAGUAGAUUUUGAGUGUAUCUUGGAUAAAAGGAAAAAGCCUCUCCCUUAUGGAAGCUAUAAUAUAACUUUGGGGAAACCACCAGGAAUGUACUGGGAAUCAAAUACUCAAUUAUUGGAAUCAAAGCUUCCCCCAGGAGCUGAAAGGAUUGCUUUUGAAUUUUUGGAUUUAAGAGCUUUUUGUACAAACAUCCCUCACCUAAAAGGAAAAUCAGCUAUGAAGAAACGACAUUUGGAAAUUUUGGGCUAUCGUGUUAUUCAGGUCUCUCCGUUUGAAUGGAACUCCAUGGCACUGUCCACUAAGGCUGCUCGGAUGGACUACCUGAGAGAACAUUUAUUUGGAGAAUGCAAAUCAUGAUUGUGGUUUUCAUUUAAAAUGAGCUGUUGGGCUGGAGGGAUGGCUUAGUGGUUAGGGUGUUGGCCUGCAAAGCCAAAGAACCCAUGUUCGAUUCCCCAGGACCCACGUUAGCCAGAUGCACA